CCGGACGCCAUGGACGCCGAGGAGCGGGGCGCCGAGGCGCUGAGCGGCUGCGAGGACGAGCUGGACGACAACUCCAUGGAGGAGGACGCCGAGCUGAAGGACGCGGCCAGGCCGCUGCUGGCCUUCGCGGGCUCCUGCCCGCCCUCGCCGCCCUCCGUCAUCUCCAGCAUCGCCGCCCUGGAGAAUCAGAUGAAGAUGAUCGACUCGGUCAUGAGCUGCCCGCCGCUGCCCGGCCUGAAGGCCGUGGAGAACGGCUCCGGGGAGAGUGACCGCCUGAGCAACGACUCCUCGUCGGCCGUGGGCGACCUGGAGAGCCGCAGCGCGGGCAGCCCGGCCCCGUCCGAGUCCUCGUCCUCCCAGGCGCUGUCCCCGGCCAACAGCAACGGCGAGAGCUUCUGCUCCAAGUCCCCGGGCCUGGGCAGCCAGGAGGAGCCGCCCGACAUCCCGCUCAAGACGGAGCGGCCAGACAGCCCGCCACCGCCGCCUCCGCCGCCGCCACCAUCGGGCCCCGGGAACGGCGGCGCCCUGGACCUGACGGGCCACCCCGGCCGGCCGCCCAUCAAGGAGGAGCCCCCCUUCGGCCUGCUGUUCCUGAGCCGCGAGCGGGGUCCCGGCCUGGUCGCCAGCGCCACACCCGCCAUGGUCAAAAUGGAAGUCAACGGCCACGGCCACGGCAAGGCCGCCCCGCUAGGUGAGGGCCCGCCGCUGCCGGCCGGGGUGCAGGUCCCCAGCGGGCCCCAGGCCGUGAUGAGCCCGGGCCUGGCGCCCAUGCUGGCCCCCCCGCCACGCCGGACGCCCAAGCAACACAACUGCCAGUCGUGCGGGAAGACCUUCUCCUCGGCCAGCGCCCUGCAGAUCCACGAGCGCACCCACACCGGCGAGAAGCCGUUCGGCUGCACCAUCUGCGGCAGGGCCUUCACCACCAAGGGCAACCUCAAGGUGCACAUGGGGACACACAUGUGGAACAACGCCCCCGCGAGGCGUGGCCGCCGCCUGUCCGUGGAAAACCCCAUGGCCCUGCUGGGCGGCGAUGCCCUCAAGUUCUCGGAGAUGUUCCAGAAGGACCUGGCAGCCCGAGCCAUGAACGUGGACCCCAGCUUUUGGAACCAGUACGCUGCCGCCAUCACCAACGGGCUGGCCAUGAAGAACAACGAGAUCUCCGUGAUCCAGAACGGAGGCAUCCCCCAGCUCCCAGUAAGUCUCGGUGGGAGCGCCAUUCCCCCGCUGGGCAGCAUGGCCGGCGGCAUGGACAAGGCGCGCACCGGCAGCAGCCCGCCCAUUGUCAGUUUGGACAAAGCGAGCUCAGAGACGGGGGCCGGCCGCCCGUUCACGAGGUUCAUUGAGGACAACAAGGAGAUUGGCAUAAACUAGCCGGAGGCGCCGUGACCCGCCCCACCAUCCCGCCCCCGUCCGCACCCUGACAUUUGAGCAGCAGGCCGUGGGCCCUCAUAGCAGAAAACAGUGUCGUGGCAGCUGCCAGGAGGCCGGCCGGGCUGGGCCGUGCUGGACAGCUGUGCCGGCUCGUAGGUAAAUUUCCGUCAAAGAAGUGCUCGGAAAACCGCUGUAGGAGCAGAGUGCACAGCCCGGAUCCCCCAGAACCUAACAGCCCCGCAGGGCAGAAAGGGGGUCCGGCUGGCGGGCUGGAGACUGGGACUGUGCUGCGGGAACCCUCCACCCUCGGCGGGGGUAGGUGGGGCGGGGGGUCCUUCCAACGCCCCGUGUUGCGACAGUAUCUUUGUCCGUAGUAUUUAUGAUGUUAAGAUUACGCGGGUACCUGACGGUAUAACAGCCCCAACCUGAAAUGACGCUUUUGUACUGCAGAAUACAUCUGGCUAUGUGAUUUUUUUUUUAAAGCAAGAUUUGUUUUACUAUAAAUAAGUGGAUUAUCUCAGUGCAGGCAAAAUUGUGAAGUUUCGUUGGGAAAGAUAGCAUGCCUUUUGUGUGCAAGCACCUGUCAGUAACAAACCUUUUUUUUUUUUUUUUUUUUUUAACUUAAAUGUCUGUAGCUGCUAUGUGGACCGUUGUUCUCGAGUGUGGUCUUAGCCCAGGGACUGGGGAACAAGUCACAAACAUCACCGUAAAUUAUUCACAACAUUAUGAGCCGUUGUGAGUAAAUAUUUCACAUUAUCAAAGCUGUACAAUAAAAAGGUAAUGUUUGUAUAA